GUGUAAAUCUGAGGGGUCGUCAAAUGAUCAACAAGGUAGGGAAAAAAAUAGAAACAAAACAUAAAAAAUAUACUAUACUAAUGUUUCUCAAAUCGUUUUCUUUCUUUUUUUCAUGGAAGAGUUUCACCCUCUCCGGUAGUUCAAACACUAGUAAAGGGAAUCAGUCUGAGAGAGGAACCUAACUGUUUGGUUGAACUGCUCAUGUGACAAGGAGUGCAUGUGCGGUGGUUAAAUGGUCUACAAAUAUGAGGUCAUGUUAGGUUUCAUUCUGGUCAGCAGUUUUUAUCAGCUGCAAAACAUGACUGUACAGAACACACCUCGCAAUCAGUACUUUGAUAGUUGAGUUUUCAAAGCAACAUGAGACUACUAACAGAGAUUCAAACAUGAAAAUUGCGACAUAUUCCAAAAUCAGAAAACAAAACUCAAUAAUAACAACUCUCGUAAGGAUAGACCUACAGUAGUCUACAAAGGUUCAGCAAGUGUUGCUAAUUGGCAUGCAACCUAAUGUGACCUUUUGUAGCUGUGUUUACAAUGGCAAUUUACUUAUUUUAAAGGAUUUUUUUAGGUGUUUACAUGGCUUUGUCUGCUCCUUACUGCUAUGUAAUCAUAUUCCUGUGAUAUUUCCACGCUAUCUUUCUAAAACUGGCUAGUUCUUCUUCAUCGGGUCAAGUGUACACACUGCAUAAUGCAGAACAACUCCACAGAGAGCCCAGAGUUGUGAACUCAAUUUUGUAGACACCCUAAUUUAAAGGGCUGCGAGAUAACAACAUGAUUCGGUGGGACUUGUUCUACUUGUUGAGGAGAUUACUUUGGAGGCAGAGGGCAGUGUGUGGCGAUGAUAGUGAGAAAAAAAAUAAAGCGUUGAGCAGAACGGAUCCAACUUUACACUUUUAGGGUCAGUGGUCAAAAUGGGUGCUCGGCCUCCAGUCCCCUGGACAUGGAUCAGGGGCCCUGACGUAUAUCUGCUGAUUACAUCUCCUGAAGUGGAAAACAUGCAAAUAAUAAAUGUAUGAGCAACGUGCUUGUUUUUUUGCUUGAUUAAUUAUGCCGUUUAAUUCCAGAUCCACCAUGCCGCUCCACCGUAUAAUUUCCCAGUGGUCUUGGCUGUUUCUUCUCUCACAUGCGCUCUCUCCUUUUUUUUCCUCAUUGCAAAAUGAAUCAUGGAUCUCACCGUCUGUACCCGGGGGAGAGCGGCAAGUUGGCGAAUGGGCUGACCAAUCAUGAGCAUCAGAGGCAGACACACAGAAGGAGGGAGCCUUUUGUUAUCUGCUGCACUCAUCAAGUUAGAAGACAACUACCGAUUUGGCCUGAAGAAAAUUAAAAGAUGAAUUCUUAUCCAAUCAGAGUGGCCAGUGUGUGUUUAUCUGAGUGGGUGGCAAAGUUUCAGCGCCAUUCAUAAUGUCAAGUGGGACCAUGACUGCUCUUCUAUUCCCAGCCUGGCCAACCCUCUCUCAGCCUCCUGACAGUUCCAGGCAGGAUGCAGAUGAGGGCGAAGGUCAUCUCCGUAGCGAUCGACCCCACAGCCCCGCAGCAUGGCACUCUGACUGGCACAGGAUGAAAAGUAGCCAUUUUGGUGAUUGCACCAUCGUCAUCUCGAGGUGCCGGUGGAGGUGGUGGUGGUGGUGGUGUGGUGCUGGGGGCACCGUCAGGGCAGACAGAGCAGGGGCUCCGGAGAGGAAAAGAAGAAGAAGAAAAAGAAGAGGAGGAGGAAGAGAGAGAGACAAAGUGGAUCAGAUCAACAGCAGCAGACUGAACACUGGAAAUGCCUGUCAGGUCUGAUUCUGUCACAUCCUCAGCCAAUCCGAGCCUUCGUUAACCACGGCAUCGGCGCGCGAUUGGGUGAAGGAUGGCAACCAUGCCGUUUGUCAGUGAGGGGAAGUGUGUGAGUGUGGAGUGGGAUUUCCUACAAGGACUACUGGCCAAGCCUCCCACACUGCCCUGUCUCCAGAACCUGCGUAAAGAGAAGUCUCGCAAUGCAGCUCGUUCACGGCGGGGGAAGGAGAAUUUCGAAUUCUUUGAGCUGGCCAAGAUGCUGCCUCUGCCUGGCGCCAUCACCAGCCAGCUGGACAAGGCCUCAGUCAUCCGGCUGACCAUCAGCUACCUCCACAUGCGCACCUUUGCCAGCCAGGGAGACCCGCCCUGGAGCCCUCUGAUGGAGGGAGACAGCAACUGCAGCAAAGUAAGACGAUCGUCUCAUUCUCUGGCUACUGACAUGUUUGAGCAGCACCUAGGGGCGCACCUCCUGCAGUCUCUGGAUGGCUUUGUGUUCGUGGUCAGUCAUGAGGGACGGUUCCUCUACAUCUCAGAGACAGUUUCUAUCUACCUGGGACUCUCACAGGUGGAGCUGACCGGCAGCAGUGUGUUUGACUACAUCCACCCAGCGGACCACGUCGAGAUGGCAGAGCGGCUGGGAAUCAGGCCGCAUCUGAGGGCCGAGGCCGGCUGUCUCACGGCCCCUGAGAGCGCUUCCAGCUCCGCAUCCACGUCCUCCCUGGCUGGCACCCCUGAACCCGCUCCGUCUAGUCCUCAUUCUCCUGCUGACGAUCCUCCCGAUCGCGGCUUCUUCAUCCGCAUGAAGUCCACGCUUACCAAAAGAGGCCUGCACGUCAAGUCUUCUGGAUACAAGGUAAUCCAUGUGACAGGACGAAUCCGCUGCCGCCCUGCACUCGUGCCGGGCUCAACGCGUUCCGUGCGUCGACCGAUGGGAUUGGUUGCUCUGGCGCACACACUCCCGCCCUCCACGCUUAAUGAAGUGCGCAUGGAGAGCCAAAUGUUUGUCUUCCGAGUGAACAUGGACCUACAGGUCACAUAUUGUGAGAACAGGAUCUCAGAGUAUAUGGAUCUGACCCCAGCAGAGGUUGUUGGACAAACCUGUUACCACUUCAUUCACGUAGAAGACCUGGAAAACCUCCGGCAGAGCCAUGAGGACUUACUGAGGAAAGGCCAGGUGGUGACCGGUUACUACCGUUGGCUCCAGAGGAGAGGAGGCUACCUGUGGAUCCAGUCCACCGCCACUGUUUCCAUCAACCACAAAGCCCCCCACGAACGCAACGUCAUCUGGGUCAACUAUGUCCUGAGUCGAACAGAGCUGCCCGACACUCCCCUGGAUCUACUGCAGCUACCAGAGAACAUAAGAGCAGAACGGCUUCGAGUUAGUUCGACCCCCACCGACGGCUCCCCACAAGCCCGUGGCUCGCAACCAGUGAAGAGCUCAGUGGGGAAGAAUGACCUAGACACUAAAGGCAGAGAUAAAUUCACGGCCGCGUCCAUCCAAACAGAGGACAGGAGGAAGCGCCUGCUGAGGUCUGACCCUGAGGGUGCUCCUCCCGAAACCCGCCGCAGACUGGAGGAGCUCCGUCACGCAGAGGAGAGUGUAUCAGCGUCCUCUGACCUGGCGAGCGAAAGCGAGGGGGAGGAGGAGGAAGAGACAGAGUGGGACCAGGGGGGGGACAGUGACAGAUUGAAACAGGAAGAUGGGGGGGGGGGAGGUAAACAGAGUAGGGGGGGAGACACUCCGACUAGAAGUGAGAGGGGCGGAAGGGUGCACAACGGCCGGGCUGUGAUCCAGCAGCUGAAGAGCGUAGUGACCCCGUCUCCCCUGCCUGGCAGCCCCAGCAUCAAGACUGAACACGACGCCCUGACCACCGGGGGGCGCUGGGGGUCACACACACAAACCUCCACCUCACACACACACACCACCCAGCCCCAACCCUCCCAUGCACACACACCCUCCAGCAGCCUCAAUGGCGACAGCCCCACCACCCCUAUCCCCGACUCUUCUUCCAGCAGCGAGGCCCCCCCAAAGGGUCUGUUCACUCCCCCGUCCCCGGCUUUGUCCCCCGCCAUGUCUGUGUCCUCCCCUCUGCCCCGGGAUGAGAGGGCCGUGUCGGUCAGUCGGAGCAGUGGCGGUGCAGGUGGAGGUCCUGAUUUUGAGCUGCUCCAGAGACUGGCUGCAGGCGGCGCAGCAGGGCGGGUCCUCUUCCACCCCCUCGCCCUGGGCCCGCAGGGCCCUCAGAGCCUCUACGCUCCCAGCACUAUCCGCUACGCUCCACCUGAGCUACCCCCCUCCCACCACCACAGCGUGGGACACAGCGAUGGCCUGCAGCUACGCUCAGACCACCACAAAGGACCCCCGCCAGCCUUCUUCCCCCACCUACAGCGGUUGGCCGGCUUGCCACCCUUCAGUGGUUUCUCCCCGUCUGACAGCCCUUUCUCCUCCGGCCUGCCCUUCUGUAUGAAUGGACUGAGGGGGGCUGCAGGCUCCGAGGAGGACUGAGACUCAGAGGGGAGGAGGUGAGAGGAGGAGAUAAAAAUGAAGGACGGAGCGGAGUGACAGACCAGAAAGAGAGACAUUGAAAAGGGCAGGAGAGACAGAAGUGGCAGGACAUUAAGCCUCUAAGGACGUUACUAAUUGGACAAUGAGUUGAAUAACCGCAAUCUAAAAUAUGUGACAAGUCGCUGCCACGGGGAAUUAUUGUGUCUGCCUGUUGUGGACAAGUGACAGUGACUCUUGGAGAAAACAGGACAUAGAAACUUUUGACUGGUUGUCCCUCAAGACUUUCCAUCUCUACAACAAUAAUGAACUCUGCUCUGUGUCUUUCUCUAGAUGACUGUGUUGAUUUCUGUGUCUCUUCCACUCAGAGAAGCCAUAUUGUAUAUAGAGACAAAACCAUAAAGACCCUCAGCUCACGUCCUCCUCACUGUCACUCCAAUUAACCCAAUUAACCCUAAAGCCAGUAGACAGAGAUGGACACUUGUCUGUAGGAAUGAAAGUGACUUUGGAAUAUACAUUUUUAUUAUUGCAGUAUUAUAAAAACAUCUCUUACACGGAGAUCCAGGUGAGAAUUUGAUUAUUAUUAUUAUAUAAGGUUUCCCUUAAAAUAGAAGCAGACAGCCCUCUGGUGUUUUUGUAUUGAGAUUCAAAAUAAUAAUAGUAAAACAAAUCAAAGUAUUCAUCAGUCAGCCGUACUUAAAGCACACUGUUGGGGCAAAAAUAUGAAUAAUGUAGUCCCGUACAUUCCAUUAUAUAUAAGGGAAGAAAAUGCAAUGCAGACAGGACGCUAAAUCUGUUUUUGAUUAUAGAAAGGUAAUUUGUUUAACUGAGAAUGAUAGUAUAUUCUGUAUGAUGCUGCGGUUGUUUGUGUAUGAAAGGUUUUUUUGAUUGGUUUAAGAUUUUUUUUAUCCCAUCUAAAACAGAUGGACGGAUGGUGUGAAAAAUGUGUCUAAACAUACUAAAUAGCAUUGUUUUAUUGGAUGUACAAUAUCAUCCAAAAAUACUUUUUUUUAUUAUUCUCUAAAAAGAUAUUUCUGAAAAUUAUUUAGGAGUGGAAAUGGUGCUGGAAAGAAGUGUUGUCAUUUAAACCUCUGUUUUUCUGAGCACUUACUGAAAUUUGUUCUGGUGUGAACUCAAAGCACUUCAUCACUUAACACUCACUGUGUGAACCUGUUAAAACAGAAAACAAUGGAAUGAAGGUCACUAAUAUAUCAUAUCAGCCUGAUCACAGUGUGGUAGAGGGGAUAAAUGGUCAUUUACAAAGGCAGAUAAAUAAACAGACCACAUGUGGUCAUUAAAAGGCGACCAUUGGAGGUCAAUAAAAAUAACCAGAAUUAAUGUGAUAUUGGUUUCAGUUCAAUUUAGUCAACUGAAAAUAAAGUUUUAAAUUAAAAAGUGGAAAUAUAAAACACUUUAAAUUUCUGUUUCAUGCUGAUUGGUUGGGAUUCCUCUCAGGACUGAAAGAAAAAAACACUUUUUGUAUGAAAAAAUAAAAUGAAAUUCGUGCUCAGAAUAUUUCAUCUCCCAUUUCAGCUGAAUGUCACAAACAAUUUGGUGGUCAUCUAAAAGACACUCAGACUAUUGAGAAUCUUUAUUCCACAGUGUAACGGAACAUUUGAAAAUGUGACCGUUUUUGACAAAUUGUUGCUGUCAAUUCAGCCGCAUUAUUACAUUUUAUUUAAACAAUAAUGACCAGUGAUACUCAGACAUAAACUCAGAAAUAAACAUCAGAUAAAGCACUUAUAGUCCUUUGAUCUAUCAUGUGAUUAAAGUCUUCAUAAUGAUGCCAUGAUGCCAGACACUGUAUGUACAUUGUUUUUGUUUUCCUGGUCGACUGUCUGAUCUGAGGGCUCAGUUUCUCUGAUAUUCUGAUGUCUGAAAGAAAAAUGUGGUUGGGGUGGGGGGUCUAAUUGUUCAGAUCACUGUAGCUGUCACAUACAAAUAUGUGUGAGCACACAUAUUCUCGGUGGUAUAAUGUGUGCGUGCGAUUGUGUGCGUGCGCGCUCUCUUGUACAAGUGUGUAUGUUUUUUUGUUUUUUUUGGUUGGUUGAAUUAAAUAGCUAACCCCUUGCCCAUCACUGUGAAGCUAACGUUAUCCUCCCAUCUUUGUGAAUACUCCACCCACUCAUCAAAUAAAAUGAACAAAUGUAAAAAGAAACAGUGAUACAGAUGACGAUAACAAUAAAAUAUUCCAGUAGAGGAGCACAACUCAA